AUGGAGGAAACCAUCAAAAAUAUACGAAGCAGGAUUUCCAAGAAACUAUCCAGCACCAUCACUACCGCCGGUACUUCCAGCAUCAUCGUCGAGGCAUCAGCCUCAGCGCGAGUCUUCGCGAUCGGAGAGCUCGUUGACAUGAUUCUCGAUUACGUGUCACCGAACCAGCUCUACGCCCUUCGUCAUCUCAACAGCAAGUUCAUGGGCACUACCUGCCGGAUGAGGAUUCUACACUUCAUGUUCAUUGAACCUCAAUUCCUAUCGCUAAGGCUGCGACACUUGACCAACCUGCUCCGAACUGAGAACCUGAGGACAUGCACAUACCCCUUCAUAAUCGCAGUCAUCUACCCAUCGUCAGCGACAAACGACUUUGUCAUUCAGCUCGACCUUGACAGCGAGGCCGCGCAGAUGUCAAACAAAGAUCUCAAGGCAACGCUGCGCAAGAACCGGAAGGCACCAUACCAAUCGACAGCUACAUGGAGGAAGGUCUUGCUUUGCCCGCUCGCCAACAGGACCCUACGUUUGGAUAUACAGACGGGUGGGGUUACUCAUCACGCGCAUCGAUAUGGUGCUGGAAAAAAGGUUAAGUUGGAAAGGCUGCUCCAAGAUGCGGAGAGAGUGGCGUUACCUGGAAUUCGUCAUUUCAGGGAUAGGCACUGGUGGAUGAGCUAA